AUGGCUGUGGAUGUGGGUGUGAAUGUGAACGUGAAUCCGUGCGUGGGAGUAGCUAUCCUUGCAGUUGUCUUGGUAUUAUCUUGCCUUUCUCCUUCUUCAUCGGAUGUGAAGCUUAAAGUGAAAGGAGUCACAAACAUUGCUACAACUGAUGAGAAUUUCAUAUGUGCAACAUUGGAUUGGUGGCCAUCUAAUAAAUGUGAUUAUAAUCAAUGUCCAUGGGAAAAUGCUGGGAUUCUCAACUUGGAUUUGAAUAACGAGAUACUCUCAAACGCAAUCAAGGCAUUCAAUCCUCUCAGGAUUAAAUUAGGAGCUUCACUACAAGAUCAAAUUAUUUGUCAAUUUGAGAAGCAAAAGCAAUGCCCAACUAUGAGAAAGGAAGAUAACGGCUUGUUUGGGUUCAAUGUUGGAUGUCUUUCAAGAAAAAGAUGGGAUGAAGUGAAUCACUUUUUCAACAAAACUGGUGUCAAAUUUACAUUUAGCUUAAACGCACUUAUUGAAAAGAAAAAUUCCAAUGAGGACCAAUUAAAUUGGAAUCCAAACAAUGCCAUAUACCUCAUGAAGUACACUGUCUCAAAAGGAUACAAUAUAGACUCAUAUGAAUUAGGAAACGAGCUAUGCUCUGAAGGAGUAUCAGCAAGAAUAGAUAGUGUUCAAUAUGCAAAAGAUAUCACAAAACUAAGGCACAUAGUUAACUCAUUAUACCCAAAUGCCACAAGACCAAAUGUGUUGGGUCCAGCUGGAUUUUAUGAUAAAGAAUGGUUUGAUAGCUUCUUGCAACAUGUUGGACCUGGUGUCAUUGAUGGAGUUACACAUCACAUUUAUAACCUUGGUGCUGGUGUUGAUAGGGAUCUUAUUAGCAAGGUUCAAGACCCAUAUUUCUUGAGCAAAAUUGCACAAACUUUCAAGGAUGUUUCAACGGCGGUGAAGGAAUUUACACCACGGGCUGGAGCAUGGGUUGGAGAAUCUGGUGGAGCUUAUAAUGGUGGAGGCAAAGAUGUAUCACAUACUUUUGUUAAUGGCUUUUGGUAUUUGGACCAAUUGGGUAUGACAUCAACCUUCAACCAUAAAGUUUAUUGUAGACAAUCUUUGAUUGGAGGAGAUUAUGCUUUGCUGAAUACCACAUCAUUCAUUCCUAAUCCAGAUUAUUAUGGAGCACUUUUGUGGCAUCGACUUAUGGGAACCAAUGUGCUUUCUAUUUCUCAUGAUAGUUCACCAUAUCUACGUACAUAUACUCAUUGUUCAAAAAAAGGGAGUGGAAUCACAUUGCUAUUAAUAAACAUGGAGAAGUCGACAUCUUUCAAUGUCUUUCUUGUGAAUGACAUGAAUCUUUAUCCGGAGGAGGAAGAGUACCACUUGACACCUAAAGAUGGAAACAUUCAAAGUGAUGUUGUGCUUUUGAAUGGAACUCCAUUGGAACUCACCAAGUCAAAGAAAAUUCCAGAGCUUAAACCAAAGAUUGUUGAUGCUUCUUCUUCUCCAAUCAAAGUUGCACCUCAUUCAAUAGUCUUUGUGCAAAUCAAUAAUUUCAAUGCACCUGCAUGUGCACCUCCUACAAAAUAA